UGUUCAGUAGAAUCGGAGAAUUCUACCCAUUUUUUUUUGCGAUUAAUUUUAAAUUUAAGACGAUUGUUACACUUAAAAUAAAAUAAAAAUCCAUCAUUUUUUGUUUUAUAAAUGUGUUCAAAGUCCAAGGACAAUGAACAAUGUCGAUUCAGUUGGUCCUCCAGAUCCAGUAUCAAAUUUGAGACCAAUUAAAUAUCAUAUACCAAAAAACGAGUCUCGAGUUGAACGGGAAUUGCGGCUUAAGCGAAUCGAAGUGGCAAAAUGGAAUCAUGAAUUUUGGACUAACCAUAACCUUAGAUUUCUAAAAGAGAGAGAAGCGUACAAAAAAUGUUUAUCCGACAAGGGUAUUUCUACAGCCACAGCCGAUCAAAUGUCUGAAUUUUAUAAAGAUUUCUUAGACAGAAAUUGGAAAACACAUGUAACUUAUAACUUUGAAUGGUAUAAAAAAAAUAUAACAAUUGUACGUUUAAUGAUGAAUAAAAAUAUGUUCAAAGCAAUUCAGUGGAUUAAAAUAUUUAAAUUUUAA